AUCAUGCAGAAACGGGCAGCGUUUAGGUAAUGUAAUUGAUUCUGUUGGAAAGGGGAGAAAUUGUGCUUUACAAUGGUAUUGACAUUACAGUUGAUCUGGAAUUAUUACGUUUUGGGGGCGCUAAAAUAAGGGCAAUUGUUCGGACCAAGGCGUGGUACGAGUUUACGUUAACUAACUGACGUUACUAGUACUGGCUAACUUAUUGUUGUUAGCCAGCUAUAAUAUGUCAAGUACAAAUUCAAGAACAUUGAGACAAAACUUGAAACGACGUAGUCCUAGUGUAUAAUAACUAGAUAACGUUUCAAAUCGAAUUUGAAAUAUAACGAUAAAAAAACACACAAAAAACUAGUUUGAUAAUAGAUAAUUAGUUUGUUGAACAGCUGUUCGUUAGUACACUAAAAGCUAUGUUAUAUGUACGCCACCUACAAUUGUCAAUGUUAACAAGGCAACGACGAUAAAUAACUUUCCCGACUCCAUAAAAGUGUCCUCCUACAACUCCCAUCCACCUCCCUCCCGGAAGGUACAUCCCAUGGCCAAACACAACUGUUUCCCCCUCUGAGACGGUCCCCUGUGGAUUAUGCCACAUAGAUCACAACAUUGAUAUCAAAUUGAAAUACAUUUAAGCUCUUGGAGACAGGCCUUGUGGCCAUGGCGAAAGACCCGUUGGGUGAAGCUGGUCUUCAUUUUGAUGAGCUCAACAAGCUACGGGUGCUGGAACCAGAGGUGGACCAGAAGACCAGGGAGCUCAAGGAGGAGUGUGACGACUUUGUUGACAAAAUCGGCCAGUUUCAGAAGAUAGUGGGUGGUCUCAUUGAGCUGGUGGAUGAAUUGGCAAAAGAGGCAGAGACAGAAAAGAUGAAGGCUAUUGGAGCCAGGAACCUGUUGAAGUCUGUGGCCAAGCAGAGGGAGGCCCAGCAACAGCAGCUCCAGGCCCUGAUAGCAGAGAAGAAGAUGCAGCUGGAGAGGUAUCGCAUUGAGUACGAAGCUCUCUCCAAAGUGGAGGCUGAGCAGACUGAGUUUAUCGAACAGUUCAUUCUGCAGAAAUAAGGCCCGACGUGUGUGUGUGUGUUAGUGACCAUGUUUCCAGGGUGCCCGUAUUGUUUUCUAGGGGUGAUAACCACUACACUGUGGGUUAACGGGAAUCGCUCAUCUGAACACAAUAACCUCUCUUACACUUCACAAGCAAUCCAAAACUGUUCCAACUAAAACACAGGUUUGGCCCAGACACCAACAGACUACAUGCAAAGUUAGAAGAAACUGUACAACACCAUCAAAUGUCCCUCACUAGCAGGUGUCUAAGUGACAAUCCCCCUAUUUUUAGCAUUUAAUUGUUGGAAUGCUUGAAUAUAGUUCAAACCUGAGGCUCUAUAGAUGUCACAACUUUCACAACACUACAGUAUGUAAAUUAACCAAAUGGGGAAGAAAGCUAUUUAUAUAUAUAUAUGAAGGAAUUUAUAAAUACUAUUUAAUACUGAAUAAUUAUUCUGUAUAGAUCAAUUUUAUUACCUUUUUCUACAAGUGGAAAAACAAAGUACAGUAUGUGCAUGUUACUGUAAAUUUCAUGAUUUUGAAAACAAUUUUAUUUUUUGCUGUGUUGCCCCCCCCCCCCCCCCCCCAUUUGUAUCUUAAUUCUGUUUUACAUCUUAAGGUACGAAUAUCUUCAUGGUUUUAUCAUUUCACCUUUAUCUGUGGUACUACAACCAACACAUUUAACCCUCAGGUGGCUUAUUGGAGUUUCAGGCCAGUGUAUACAAACCAUUUCUUUUUAAAGUAAUGUACAUUUCAAAGGUAUGUUAUUUAUGUUUACAGUAAAUAUCAUCCUCCUGUGCAUUCAUCUUAUCCAUGUUAAAAGUUAGUAAACCAAAACUUAGUGGACCAACUUCAUCAAAAGAUGAGAUAUACUUGAAAUAAAAAAGGAUUUACACAUUUUGA